UUGGUUUUAAAUGCAUUAAAGGUCAGUACAGUUUCGUACGUGGAACCUUGUCUCGUCACUUGUUUCUAACCGGACUGUUUAGGGCGCGGACACGGUCCUUGUUUGGUUUAGCGGUAGAUGAAAAUGUGAUUUACAGUUUUUGUCAACAUUUCGCUGCUUUAACGUGGGGAAAAACAGAUAUGGUCGUUUUUUGGCAUGCAGUUAACCUAUUGCAACUUGCUGCUUAAACAGAUUUUAUUAUUUGAGCUAACGUUAGGCUGCUGCCAGAGGAAGGAUUGCUUAUAAUCUGCUAACGAUUUUAUCGGACAUCACCGUAAUGUUAACGAAAUUAACGGCAGUACUUUAACUAAACAACAGUAGAUCUAAAACAACAAACAAGAUGCCUAAUGCCAGCGCGAGACCGAAGCAUGGCAGGAGGACCCGAAGGCGCCGCAGAGAGGACCCUGCCAGAAACGAGCUGGUCUCUAGUUCCCUAGAAAGCGCCCAGCAGUGUCUGUUCAACCAGGACUAUGGAACUGCGUUUGUGCACUACCUUCUGGUCCUCAACCUGGCGCCUAUGUUUAAGGACUUUGCAAGGGAGUCCUUCAGGUUCACUCUCUUCAAAUGGACAGAAGAGCUGGACUCUGUGGGCCGCAUUCAGGACCUCUUUGACUGUUACGAACAAGCGCUGGAGCUGUUUCCAGCUGAUGAGGUUAUCCUGAACAGCAUGGGUGAACACCUAUUCAGAAUGGGUUUUAGAGACGAAGCAGCAGGUCAUUUCCAUAAAGCCUUGAAGCUGAGACCAGACUACCCCGAAGCCAGGGAAAACUUCUACCGUGUGGCCAACUGGCUGGUGGAGCGCUGGCAUUUCCUAAUGCUGAACGACCACGGGAGGAACCGCAAGUAUCAGCAAGCCAUCCAGAAAGCCGUUCAGAGCGGCUGCAACACUGUACUUGACAUAGGUACUGGCACUGGGAUCCUUGGGAUGUGUGCGAAGAAGGCGGGAGCUGCUGAGGUGUACGCUUGUGAGCUCUCCAAGACGAUGUAUGAACUGGCCUGUGAGGUGCUGGCCGCCAACAAAAUGGACGGCAGCAUCAAGAUCCUCCACAUGAAGUCUCUGGAGAUGGAAGUGCCAAAAGACAUCCCACACAGGGUGUCCUUGGUGGUGACAGAGACAGUAGAUGCUGGGUUGUUUGGAGAGGGCAUCAUAGAGAGUCUGAUCCAUGCCUGGCACCACCUCCUGCUGCCCCCACAGAGAGGUGAGAAUGAAUUCCAGGAACAGUCUGCGACAGGACGGGUCAUUCCUGCUGGAGCCACUGUGUUUGGUAUGGCUGUUGAGAGCCUGGAGAUCCGCCGACAUCACAGGAUUUGUGUGUCCGAGGUGGGCGGUCUGUCCAUAGCUGCAGCCGGGGAGCUCCGCAGCCCCGUGAGCUGCAGCCCAGAGCCGGACGACUCCAUGGAGCCGUACACCACAGAGAGACUCAGCAGACUGCCAGGAGGGUAUAAACCUCUCACCAAGCCGUUCACAGCCCUCAACAUAGAUUUCAACAACGUGCAGGACCUGGAGGGGCUGAGCUCCAGGGAGGUUCAGCAGAUCCGCCUGCCUGUCACUCAGGAGGGGGUACUGGACGCUCUGGCCGUGUGGUUCCAGCUCCAUCUGGACGAGGAGAGCAGUCUGUCCACCGGACCCCAAGAGGACACCUGUUGGGAGCAGGCCAUCUACCCCGUCCACAGCACCAGGGGUUUUGUCCUGAAGCCCCGAGACGAGCUGAUUGUUGAAGUCUCCUGCAGAGAUGCCUUCCUGAGGCUCUGCAGUGUCGCUGUGCUGAGGGACGGCCGUGAAAUCCGUUUAGACGAGCUUGUGGAUUUGCAGGACUCUGAAAACCCCAUUUCAAAUCAAACCCCAGAGGCAGAACUGUGCAGUGCUCUAGCAUGUCUUCAGACUGACCAGGCUCAAACUAAAGACUUCUGCAUGCUGGAGUGUUCAGAAAUGGCGCUCCUGAACAACCAGGAAUACCACCAGAGUUUUUCCAAUGCGCUUGCCAAACUCAUCUCCCAGCUGAAGGUGAAAUGCCAGAACAAAGAGCGAGGAUCAGAUGUUCAGUCUGGCCUCCCUGACUCCACAGACUGUAGUGACCUGUUCUAUGUCCUGGAUGUGUCAGAGGGCUUCUCUCUGCUCUCGCUCAUCGCUGCCAGCCAGGGCCGCGUGAAAGCGUACAGCUCCAUGGAAAAGAACAAGCAACAGGAAGUGCUAAAGAGACUGGCUCGUGGCAACAAUGUCCCAGAACAGAGACUAGAGUUCUGGCUGAACCACAUGGAGGACGAGCAGGGGAUGCUGAAAAGGCCGACCAGAGAGAAGCUUUGGAGCGCCAUCAUGCUGGACUGCGUGGAGACUUGUGGUCUCAUCAGACAGAAGCUGAUGGAGAAAGCUUCACUGGCGAGGUGUUUGCUGGAGGAUGGAGGAAGUAUUUUCCCAGCAAAGAUUGAGGUCCAUGGUAUGAUGGUGGAGUCGGAAACGUUGCUGCUGGAGAGUGCUGUCCAGGGUCAGGAGCCCACACUGGGAUUCAAUAUCGCUCCCUUCAUCAACCAGUUCACUGUACCGGUACAUGUGUUUUUGGACUUUUCCACACUGGAGUGCAGGCAUCUCAGUGAGUCUGUGGAGCUCUUUGUUCUUGACCUGAUGAACACCAACGCAAACUACAUUAACAGAGACGUAAAGGUCCAGGCUACAUCUUCAGGCAGAAUAACUGCAGUUCCCUUUUGGUACCACAUCUACCUGGACCAGGAGAUCAGUGUGAGCACCCUCAGCAAGAACUCUCACUGGAAGCAGGCGGCUGUGGUGCUGCAGCAGCCCCUGGAGGUACGAGUCGGAGACUGGGUUCGCCUCGCUGUGAAGCUUCACAAGAGCGCCAUCUCCAUAUCAGCACAUAUAGAGAACACCCCUGGGCCAAUGGACCAAUAACCUGUUACACUGUAGGUCUGCAACAAGAUCAUUUCUAUAUAGUUUAUGCCUCAAUCAGAAGGAGGCUAUUGUCACAUUGGGAAAUGCAUUAAAUGCUGUGCAUUCCUUUUCUGCUAUCAUUUACGAUUUCUCCUGCAUGAGCCACACUGAUCUUACUUAUCGGUGGGAAGUCAUCACGAUGGGCCUUCAAGUCAUGUUUUUGUUUGUAAAUUGUGCCAUAAGAUUAUAGGACAUUUAUAGUUUGUACUUAUAUUUGUAAGUAUAUAUUAUAAAUAUUAUAGUCGUCCGUUCAUUAUGGGCACAGUUGUUUUUGUAAAUGUUUGUCGGUAUCAAAAAUUCAAACAAUAAAUGUGACAUUUUCUUAAAAAAAACGCAAGAAAAAAUGUAAUUAAUCUGAUUUAUUCAAGAGACUGUCAGAGAUGGAAUUUAAUUAAAAUGUUGAACCAUUUACAUAA